AUGGAAUUUACGCAACCAACACAAACGCAGCCGACGCAGCAGUCGCCAGCGACGCAAGAUGUUGAAGAGUCGGAUAAGUCUUACAUAUGUCGAUUGGUUUGUACUACAGGACAGUAUACUCAUUUUGACUUAACGCAGGAUAAAAACUUGUGGAUAAUAGGCAGAAAUCAGGAAUGUGACUAUACACUCAAUUUAAGCACCCGACUUUCAAAUAAGCAUUUCAAGCUAUGGUUUAAUUCGCAAUAUAAUACAUUAUGGAUACAGGAUAUGUCUACUAAUGGGACGCAUUUAAAUAAUAGUCGAUUAGUAAAGGGAUCGAACUACAUGUUGAACCAAGGGGAUGAAAUAUCAGUAGGGAAUGGUAUCGCGAAAGACAUAGUGAAAUUUGUAAUUUUGUUUCAAGAUAAGUUCAACCCAUCGAAGUUUUCGAAUCCAGACAUGAAAGAACAAGGCAUAUACAAGGAUUUUAUUGUGAAGAAUGAGGUUAUCGGACAGGGCGCGUUUGCGACGGUUAAAAAGACAAUUGAGAGGUCAACAGGGAAGUCAUAUGCUGUGAAGAUAAUAAACCGUAGAAAAGCAUUAAAAAAUGGAGAAUCAAUGGAAGGAGUUAAUAGAGAAUUAUCGAUUUUACGGCAAUUAGACCAUCCAAACAUUGUUUACUUGAAAUCUUUUUAUGAAGACAUUGAUAAUUAUUACCUAGUUAUGGAGUAUGUUCCAGGUGGUGAUUUGAUGGACUUUGUAGCAGCAAAUGGUGCAAUCGGUGAAGAUGCAACGCAGGUGAUUACGAAACAAAUUUUGGAAGGUAUCAAUUAUGUCCAUAAAAUGGGCAUAUCUCAUCGAGACUUGAAACCGGAUAACAUCUUGAUAAUGCAGGAUGAUCCCAUCUUGAUUAAAAUUACUGAUUUUGGGUUAGCGAAGCUAAGUGACAAUGUUACGUUCAUGAAGACGUUCUGUGGGACAUUAGCUUAUGUUGCACCUGAAAUAAUCACAGGAAAGUAUGACGCGAACGAUUCCAAUAAUUACUCAUCCUUGGUUGACAUAUGGUCUCUCGGCUGUCUUGUUUACGUACUUUUAACCUCGCAUUUACCAUUUAAUGGUAAGACCCAAGCACAAAUGUUUACUAAGAUUAAAAAUGCAGAAUAUCAUGAAUCACCGCUAAAUACAUAUAACGUCUCUGCAGAUGGUAAGGAAUUCUUAAAUUGCUGCUUACAGGUUAAUCCCAGAUUGAGAAUAACCGCGCAGGGGGCAUUAAAGCAUAAAUGGUUAUCGCAUAUAAAGGACGAGAAUGAAGAAAUGAGUCUUUCUCAAUCGCAAAGUCAACAACUAAGAAAAAUUGACAACGAUAUGGUGAGGCCGUUAGAGAAGAACCAGUUCAAAGUACCAAAAAGAGUGGUUUUACCUCCAUCUCAGCAACCUGCAAGUCAACAAAAAGCAAUUCCAAAACCCAAGAGCCAAAUCAAUGAUAAAAAUUCUGUUGAGCAUAACGAAGACAUACAAGAGGAAGCGACGGAUAAGACUAAGAUUCAAAGUCAACAUAAGAGUAUAAAUGGCCACAGUUUGCAAGACAUAACAAACGAUAAUAUAUACCAAAACAAUGGUAAACGAUCAAUAGAUGCAUCAUCAGAGCCGAUAGACACUUCCAAAAGGAUCAAACUAGAAAACUUGAGUAUUAACGAAGAAGUCCCCAAAGACACAUUUAUAAUACUUUUACCCGUUGAUAAGACAGUUAAUAAUAAACCUAUAUAUAUUAGACAGGGCGUUAACCCGUACGCAAUUGGGCGUAAUGAAACAUGUGAUACAUUCAUUAAUGAUGAUAGAAUAUCAAAGAUACACUGUUUAAUACAGAAAAAACGUCAUCCUGUGCUAACUUCUUCAAUUUAUGAAAGCCCAGCCCAUUGUCUUGAUGAUAUUUGGCUUUUAGAUCUGAGUACUAAUUCGUGUCUUAUUAAUGGAGUUGUUUUGGGAAAGAAUCGCAAAACUCAAAUAUUUAACAACGAUAUUAUUGAUUUGUUCAAAGACGACAAGAUUAACGAACGAAUGAGCUACAAAAUUAGCAUCAAAGACCAAACAGGUCUAUUUAACCGCGGCGAACGCAUGAAUAAUAAUAAAUUGGUCAAUGUCCUUAAGCAAGAUCUGAAUGACCUCAGAUUGAAGCCUAAAACGGUCGUUGAACCGGCCAUUCCAGAAAGCAACAGUCAAAAGGAUAUCAUUGGAAAUGGAGGUAAUUUUAAUUCACAACUCAGACAGCAGCGCAAAUUGUUAGCGAACUCUAAUAAGCCUAGCCAAUCUACCAAAAGAGCCAACUUGCAAGUUGGUCAAUCUCGGCCUACUAACUCGUGGUUGAGCUAA